AUGGAUGUGGUAAAGGGAUUGGUCCGUUAUACGAAAAAAUUGCUGGUUGUUCCACCCCAAUUGACUCCAGAGGAUCUUUACCAUGCUAUUGGUAUUAUCAUUGAGGCUCUAGCGAAGGAAGCGACUUUAGAGGCGGAAGAGGUUUUGCAAAGUUACAUUCUGGUAUCCAGCUUCUUGACUUCGCUUCGAACCACGGGCCUAGAUCACAAGGCCGAGUACAUUGCAGAAGCUGCAAAAGCGGUGCUUAGAUACUCAGAUACAGUGGACUUGUCGUCGCAUGUCAGGGAAGACGAAGUGGUGCUGGAUAUUGUUGGCACUGGGGGCGACGGGCAGAACACGUUCAACGUGUCCACGUCUGCUGCGAUAGUGGCUGCAGGGAUCCCGGGACUCAGAGUGUGCAAGCAUGGCGGCAAAGCGUCGACUUCCAACAGUGGCGCGGGCGACCUGAUUGCGAAGCUAGGGUGCGAUGUUUCUAAGGUCAACCAGAAGACGGUAGCCACGUUGUGGCACAGCGGUAACACUUUCCUGUUCCUGCUCGCACCUUACUUCCACAACGGGAUGAAAAUGGUGGCCAAAGUCAGACAACUGAUCGGGAUACCUACCAUUUUCAACGUGCUGGGACCUCUAGUCCAUCCUGUCAGCCAUGUGAACAGGAGAAUCCUGGGCGUGUACUCCAGAGAUUUGGCUCCCGAGUAUGCUCGAGCCGCGGCGCUGGUGUACCCUACGAGCGAGAUUUUCGUUGUCUGGGGCCACAUCGGCCUUGAUGAGGUCUCUCCGGUCGGUGGCACAACCGUCUGGCACGUCGAUCCGUCCAAACCCGGCAAUGUCGAUACAUUCGAACUGAGACCGGACCUGUUCGGCCUCCAAGAGCAUGAACUGGCAGAAUGCAAAUCUCUGGGUCCUGCUGAAAACGCACACAUCCUGAAGGACGAGAUUCUGGCUGGUAGGUAUCGAUUAGGGGACAAUAAUCCGAUCUACGACUACAUUUUACUGAACACAGCCGUCUUGUACUGUUUAAGCCAGGGAAACAAGGAUUGGAAGCUAGGGGUCGAAAAGGCUGAGGAAAGUAUCCAAUCUGGCAGUGCACUGAACGCUUUGAACCGCUUUUUGUCAGAAGUUCAAAAUAUAUAG